AUGGUUGAGAAAGUCGUCAGACAGCGAUAUCCGUUUGAAGGUGGUAACGAGAUGUUGCGUUUGAGAACACCAGUGUCACACCCGUUUUCUCUGGCGUUCUCGGCCUCCAGACAGCUCCGUAAGGUUCAGGCGCGUCCCUUCAGAUCUUCCAUCAGGAUGGCGUCAGCGAAAACGGUGGAGCACGUUGUCCUGUUCAAGGUGAAGGAGGAGACGGAGGCGUCAAAGGUGAGUGAGAUGCUGAAUGGACUCGGCUCCCUAGUGUCGAUGGACACGGUCCUCCACCUCAGCGUGGGCCCUCUCCUCCGUAACCGAUCCUCUUCUUUAACCUUCACACACAUGCUCCACAGCCGCUACAAAUCCAAGGAGGAUCUUCAAGCCUACUCCGCUCACCCUAGCCACAUCACCGUCGUCAAGGAAAACGUCCUCCCCAUCAUCGACGACAUCAUGGCCGUCGAUUGGAUCGCCGAUGGCCUCGGAUCCCUCGUUCCACCGCCGGGCUCGGCUGUUCGUGUCAGCUUCUUGAAAUUGAAGGAGGACGCGGCUGGGGACGAGGUUUUGGGUGUCGUCAGAGGAAUUCCCGAGAGUUUCAAGCAGAUUAGUGAGUUCAGUGUCGGUGAAAAUUUCUCGCCAGGGAGAGCCAAGGGUUUCUCAAUUGCUUCGCUCGCGGUUUUCCCGGGACCGACUGAGUUGGAGGCCCUGGAUUCGAAUCAGGAGUUGGUGAAUUACCAUAAGGAUAAGGUUAGGGAUCAAAUUGAGAGUGUGGUCGUUGUUGAUUACGUGGUGCCGCCACCUCCUGCUCAGAAUGCGAGCCUUUGA